AUGCCGCCUCAGCUUGCAAAUCUCCAUCCAGUAUUCCACAUAUCUCAACUCAGGAAGUAUGUGCCAGACCCUUCUCAUGUGCUAGAGGUUGAAGAUGUUCAGGCCCGAGAAGACCUAUCCGUGGAAGUGCAACCAGUUAGAGUUGAGGAAAGCCAAACUAAACAGCCUAGGGGGAAGACUAUUAGACUCGUCAAGGUCGUCUGGGAUGAGGUUCUUGCUGAACUUCCAAUGGGAAUAAAGAAUAUUUCGCAGACUCAACAGCUUUGCAACUUAUGUGGUGGUGACCAUAUUAAUCGUCAAUGUGCUUAUCCUAAAGAAAUGCAGCAGGAUGUCAACUACAUGGGGAACCAAUUCCAAUACAAGCAAGGUGGUUUUAACCAAGGCACUCCUAGCCAAGGUUGGAAAAACCACCCCAGUAUUGGGCAAAAUCAGAAUAAUACUUCUGGACAAGUAGGAGGCUUCCGGCAGCAACAACCAUCACCCUUAUGGCAGCAGGUGAGCAGUUUGAUAGAGACGGUCAGAGACCUAAGUGGAAGAUUUGAUAAAUUUUUAAAGGUUUAUGAGUCUCAGCUAAAUAGCAAUCAAGCUAGCUUCAGAGCAUUGGAGACACAGAUUGGGCAACUGUCAAAGAGGGUGGAAACCACUGAGAAAAGUCAGUUUAGGGGUAACACUGAUGUUAACCCCAAAGAUGAGUGCAAAGUUGUGAUGACAAAUAGGAAAAGGAAGACAGUAGAGGAAAUAAUUGAGAUUAAGAGCAGCGAGGAUGAAGAUGAGAAGAGAAUGCAAAAGUAUGACAAGAGGAUCAAGUACUAUCUUGGAGAGGUAAUUGAUCUUGAUGGUGGAGAAGAUCAAGACCGGUUGGUUAAGCCCAGAAAGAAGGACCAUCCGCUGAAAUUAAAGGAUUCAGGGACGAUGACUCUCCCUAGUGUGAUCAAUGAUGUGGACAUAGGGAGAGCCAUAAUCGAUUCAGGAUCAAGUGUUAAUUUGAUGCCCUUUAGUGUUUUCAAGAAGAUUGGAGGGCUAAAAUUAAAACCAGAACACACUACCUUGACGGUUGCAGAUGGGUCUACUAAAAAGCUAGUUGGUACGGUGGAAGAUGCAAUUGUCCGAAUUGAUGAGUUGGAAAUUCUCUUGACUUUUUAG